UCCGCGUUCAUAAGCCAACAUGUGUUGCAAUUUCCAACACCUCACCAAACCAACAUUAUAGGCGGUCUUGUCUCCGAGAGAAAACAAAGAGAGUGGAGAGAGUGAGUUGGUAGUGAGCGAGUGAGAGUGAGCGAGACGGUUAAAAGAGAGGAAAAUGGUGAAAUCUACUUCAUGCUUGAAAAUAAUCACAUGCGGUAGCGAUUCAGCGGACAAGGAUGAUCUCGAGAACAAGGGUUCAAGUGACAAACGUGGGUGGAGUUUCCGAAAGAGAUCUGCCCGGCAUCGAGUGCUUAGCAACACUGUAAUCUCAGAAACCACUUCUUCUGGAAAUAAGGAGAGCCCAGAAUCUGCUAUUCUUGACCAUAUACCACCAGCGAACUCUACUGUUCCAGAGAAAAUCUCAGUGAUACAAUCCACAGAUGAGAAACCCCAGUUAUCGACUUUGGAGAACCCAAAAGUAACUGAAACUGCAGUUGCUGCUGAAAAAGAUAGUAAGUUUGAUGUCAACCCAGAGGAGCCUGUUGUUAUUGUCAUCCAGGCUGCUAUCAGAGGGUUUCUGGGUCGGAUAAUGCUGUUAAAGCUUAAGAAUGUUGUUAAAUUGCAAGCUGCUGUUCGUGGGCACUUGGUUCGAAGUCAUGCUGUGGGAACCCUACGUUGCGUUCAAGCCAUUGUCAAAAUGCAAGCACUUGUUCGUGCCCGCUAUGCUCGGCUGUCCCUAGAAGGGUCACGUCCAGAAAAGAAGUUAGAUGGGAAGCACGAGGAGGAUAAUGAGAAUUCAAAAACCUGGGAGAAGGAAAAUUUAGUAGCUAAAUCUAAUGCAACUUACAUUUCAAUUGAGAAGCUGCUAAGCAAUAGAUUUGCCCGCCAGCUGUUGGAAUCAACACCGAAGUCCAAACCUAUCCAUGUUAAGUGUGAUCCUUCUAAGCCCAAUUCUGCCUGGAAGUGGUUGGAGAGGUGGAUGUCUGUUUCUUCACCGAAUAUUGGGGAGUCGAGGAAAGCAGAGUUAGCUUCAGAUCAACUGGAAAGAGAAAAGGACGAGAACUUUGUGUCUCAAAUUGAAACCAAAGUUCAAUCUGAAGUUUUUUUGGAGUCAGAAAAUGUGAAGUCCAGCAAUAGCGAAUCACUAGUGCCAUCUGAAAGCGAAGACAAUCUGAUUACUUAUGAUGCCAGCAACUUCGACUUUCAGGCAUGCCAUCCUAACUCUUCUUCAUUAAAAGAUGAUUUGGAGCAGCAUGGGUCUGAUGUGAAUGACACCUCAUUGGAGAUAAUUCCUCCUCCAAAUCAAAGUACUCAAGAAGAUUCAGAUUCCCAAGUGGAGUUUAAUCCUCUUCCUGUGAAGCCUGAAACCGAAACUGAACAACCCAAACCUUCUAUGAAAAGGUUUGCCUCGGAAGAGCUGGAGACUGAAGGAAAUAAAUUUGUAUUUGGAUCAAGAAAGGUGACUAGUCCUGCAUUUGUUGUGGCCCAGUCGAAAUUCGAAGAGCUGAGUUCAACAGCCAAUUCAGAUAUUUUAAUUAGUUCAUUCCAUCAAGAUGCUGGAGUUGAAUCACCUAUAGAUACAAAUUUACCUGGAGCAGAUACUGUAAUCAGGACAAAGGAGCUCAGUAUGGCAGAAAAUUCAGCCCCCCAUAGUUCAAGGGUUCAACUUCAAGUUGGUGGCUCUGAAUGCGGCACUGAACUCUCUAUUUCUUCUACCCUUGAUUCACCCGAUAUAUCUGAAGUUGGUGCUGCAGAAUGUGAGCAUGAAGCCAAAGUUUUAGAGGAAGGGAUUAGCAAUCUUAACAGCACGAAAAUUGUAGAUGUUGAAUCCAAGGAUGCAUCUGCCAUCCCAGGGUCUAACUUAUCAUCCGUUGUGUCAGAUCAGCGAGAGAAACCUGGUGAUGUUGAUGGGGAACCCAUUAAUUCAAUAGUGGCUAUGGACUCCCCUCAGAUAGAGCUUAAGCUGGAGAACAAUGCAUCCAAUCUGCAGAGACAGCUGGACUCUGAGAGAGGUCACGAACCGUACCGGUCAUCACCGGAAGCUUCUCCCAGAAGCCAUGUAACUGUGCCCGAAUCUCAUGGGACACCUUCUAGUCAGGUAUCUGCCAAGUCUAAACAGAGCAAAACUGAUAAGAGUGGAUCCAACCAUAAGCGUAGAUCCCUAUCAGGAGCUAAGAAACCACCAAAUCCAAAUAAUGAUUCUGGGUCAAGAAGUAGUAUGGAACAAUUGCCUAAAGAUCAGAAAAAUGGGAAGAGACGCAAUUCCUUUGGUUCACCAAAGCCCGACCACAUUGAGCAAGAACCAAGAGAUGCCAGUACUGACAAUUCGCUUCCCCAUUUCAUGCAAGCCACAGAAUCUGCAAGAGCCAAGCUCCAAGCUAAUAAUAACUCUCCAAGAUCAAGUCCAGAUGUGCAAGACAGAGACCUUUAUAUCAAGAAGAGGCAUUCCUUACCUGCUGCAAAUGGGAGGCAGGGGUCUCCACGUAUUCAGCGGUCAAUGUCUCAAGCCCAGCAGAGUACGAAGGGAAAUGGUACUUAUCCCCAUGAAAGAAAAUGGCAGAGGUGAAGAGACACAUUGAAAUGAUCAUAUGCCUCAAAGUAAAUGAUGGUAGAUCACCAGUCCUAGAUGAGCAAUUUGGAGUCAGUUGUUGAUCUACUUGAUGGGUAGCUUCUUAAUUCUGUAUUCUAGCAUUUUUCCUCUUUGAUUGUGCCUGGAUGGAUUUGAGGGUUUGUUUGGGAGGCUAUAUAUAUAAAACUGAGUGAGCUUUUCAUGUACAUUGCUGCUACCACUUCACUAUUUUUUAUUAUUUUCUGUAAUUUUUUGUUUUGUUACCCAGUAAUAUGUAAGUUUAACAGUAUUUGUGGGUGGUGUGAUAUUAUCUAGGUGAACUACAAGAUGUUUUUGCUUGAUUACAUGGUUAAGAGCUUUUGAAGGCUUUUACCAAAUGUUAUUGUAAUAAAUUAGAUUCUCUAUUCUCGCAUU